GGGGGGGGCAUCUCGGCAGCUCCGAACGGCGUGCAGGGACCUGCAAAGCGCGCCUCUCGUUCCGCCAUCGCUGAAGUGCGCAACACGAUCAGCGAUAUUCCGAUCUCGCUUGGAAACACGACGCGGCCGCUGGCUGACUGGCCGCCUGCCUAGCGAGUUGGGGGGGGGGAGGCUGGAGGCGCAGUUGGGUGUCUGCUAUUGCGACUGCUGCUGCUCUUUACCGUGAAGCCGACGCCCGCCUGGGUGUUUGUGGAACAAAAGGCGUCUUCUUUCAACACGGAGGCGGCGGGCGGGCGGGCGGGAGUGAUGCUGACUACUGCCGCUGUGCGUGCAUUCCUGCUGCUGCUGCUGCUGAGUUAUGGAGGGAACUCGACGAGUUUGGAUUCCCGUUGGUGCAUAAAUAGCGUCGCGAAUGAGAAUACAUGCACACGCGCGUGUGAGUUUGUCCAUCGGUACACUGCGUAUAUACACACACACACGCACACGACUACACGCGCGCACUAUAACACACGUGCUCGCCGAUCCACGAGCCCACCCCCCCACACGUCCACAAGACAAGAGAGAGAGAGACAGUCCCGUUGGACCCUGCAGACCAAACGCACAGGAACAUCCCCCUAGCUCACCGCACACCCGCUUGUCCGAACGCUCCUGCAGCAACACAAACACGCACGGUGGCAUGGCCUCAUUCCACGGCUUCCAAAUGAGCCGGGGUGCAUCGUCGUCCUCCUACGGCCUUGGAGCGUCCGUCGCUCGAAUGGCGGGGGGCGGAAUGGGCACGUACGGUGGUGGUGGUGUUGCAGGGGGCUACGGCGUGUACGGCUCCGGUGCGGCGGGGCUCGGCCUGGGUUUAGGUGGUGGCUACGGGGUGGCCAUGGGGCAAGGUGGCCUCUCGCUCCAGACGGGGCUCGGCGCGUCCCGCGGCUACGCCGUAGGCUACGGAGGCGGACUGGGUCUGGGUCUGGCUGCCGGGGGAGGCGGCGGGGCGCUCCUGCCGUACGGGAGCCCCGCGUUCGCCGCCGGGCGCUCAAUGCUGUCGGGGGGCCUGGCCGGGGGGCAUCCGCCGCUAUCGCUCGCCACCGUGCCGCCUCUGGCCACUCGAAACGGGCACAAGGCCACGCUGCAGGGACUCAACCAGCGCUUCACGGGCUACGUGGAGAAGGCUGAGACCAUCAACUCCAUACACUUCAAAACCAGUUCAGUUCUUUGUCACUGA